GGUUCCGGGCGGUGGCGGCGGCUCCGCGGCGCCGCGCCCUGUGCAUGGCCGUGGCGCCGAGCAUGGGCCCGGAGCGUGUCUGUCCCCGGGAGCCCGGGCUGCCGGAGGGCCCUGACGGUGCGGCGGGGUGGAGCGGCGACGAGGAGGAGGAGGAGGAGGAGGAGGAGGAAGGUGGCGGAGGGUACUUUUACCAGCCACUGAGCCAGGAACCGGAGCAGGGCCCCGGCGAGGCGGGCCCCGGCCUGCAGGAGCGGCUGCAGAUGCUGAGGCUGCACCUGCCCGACCCGCCGACGGACAGCGAGGAGGAGGAGGAGGAGGUGGCGGAAGGCGCCGCGGCUCAGAGCAGCCGCAGUUCCAUCCCCAUGGAUGCAGAGCAUGUCGAGCUGGUGAAGAGGACAAUGGCCAGCGUGAAGCUGCCUACCCUGGGCAUCCCCGCCUGGGCCAGCCAGAUCUCGGAGGAGCAGUGGAAGGACGUGGUGCAGCGCACACUGCAGGCCCGGCAGAGCCUCGGCGGUCCCCGGCCCGACUGGAAGUGAGAGCUGAGCUGCAGCACAGGAGCUGCAAACCCGAGCCCUCCCUCCACCCUGCAGGCACCCGCUGCCUCCAAGCCAGGUGCUGACAGGACUUGCCAGUAUCGACCUUCCAGUUUCUCCCACUGACAUUGUCUGAUUUACCUUCCCACUCCUCUUUCCUGGUUCUGGCUGGUGAAUAAGUCAAUGUGAUGUCCUUGUGUUGGCUUCCUCUGCCUCUGAGGAGCCUGACUGGUUUCUAUACCUGUGUGCCUGUGGGGCGAGGGGACUUAGCUGGCUUUGCCCAGAUUCCCUCAGGACAAACACUGGACUUGUCCCUGUGCUGACAUACCUGAGAAGUCCCUCUCCAGGCUUGGGCCCCUUCUCCCAGGACAGGGUCUGUGUUGGAAUAUCAGAGGCAGAGCCAGAUGUGUCAUUCCAAGAGAUUGGUUUUAUUUAGUUCUGUACAUACAGGGACAUCUGUACAAAAUCCAACACUUUCAUACUAUGUAAUGCUCUACUGAAAAUAAAGUACACCAUAUGUACAUAUGAACUGUAA